GGGCGGGGCCCGCGGCGGCGCGGGGGCAGAGUUUUGCAGACGCACGCACGUCGAGGCGCUGCGGCCCCGAGCUGCCGAGACUGUGGACUCGGUCUGCGGCGGUUGCUUUGGCGGCGUCCCGACCUACUGCUGGAGGUUGGAAAGAAAUCCAGAUACUCCGUUGACUGGAACCUUCUGCCACCAUGGGGGAGCUUUUCCGGAGCGAAGAGAUGACGCUGGCGCAGCUUUUUCUGCAGUCAGAAGCUGCUUAUUGCUGCGUCAGUGAAUUAGGAGAACUCGGAAAGGUUCAGUUUCGUGAUUUAAAUCCAGAUGUGAAUGUUUUCCAGAGGAAAUUUGUGAAUGAAGUCAGAAGAUGUGAAGAAAUGGAUCGAAAGCUUCGAUUUGUUGAGAAAGAGAUAAGAAAAGCUAAUAUCCCAAUUAUGGACACUGGUGAAAACCCAGAGGUGCCCUUCCCCCGGGACAUGAUUGACCUAGAGGCCAAUUUUGAGAAGAUUGAAAAUGAGCUGAAGGAAAUCAACACAAACCAGGAAGCUCUGAAGAGAAAUUUCCUGGAACUGACUGAAUUAAAAUUUAUACUUCGCAAAACUCAGCAGUUUUUUGAUGAGGCUGAAUUGCAUCAUCAGCAGAUGGCGGAUCCAGACCUGUUGGAAGAGUCCUCGUCCCUCUUGGAGCCAAGUGAGAUGGGAAGAGGCACACCUUUAAGACUUGGCUUCGUGGCUGGUGUGAUUAACCGGGAGCGCAUCCCUACUUUUGAGCGCAUGCUUUGGCGGGUGUGCCGGGGGAAUGUGUUCCUGCGGCAGGCUGAAAUCGAGAACCCGCUGGAGGAUCCUGUGACUGGUGACUACGUACACAAGUCUGUGUUCAUCAUUUUCUUCCAAGGCGAUCAGCUGAAAAACAGAGUCAAGAAAAUCUGUGAAGGGUUCCGGGCCUCACUUUAUCCUUGUCCUGAAACCCCACAGGAGAGGAAGGAAAUGGCUUCUGGAGUCAAUACCAGGAUUGAUGAUCUCCAAAUGGUCCUGAAUCAAACAGAGGAUCACCGCCAGAGGGUUCUGCAGGCAGCUGCUAAGAACAUCCGUGUCUGGUUCAUCAAGGUGCGGAAGAUGAAGGCCAUCUACCACACACUGAACCUUUGCAACAUAGAUGUGACCCAGAAGUGCCUGAUUGCCGAGGUCUGGUGCCCUGUCACCGACCUGGACUCUAUCCAGUUUGCACUCCGAAGGGGCACGGAACACAGUGGUUCCACGGUGCCCUCCAUUCUGAACAGGAUGCAGACAAACCAGACUCCCCCAACUUACAACAAAACUAACAAGUUCACAUAUGGCUUUCAGAACAUAGUAGAUGCUUAUGGAAUUGGAACUUAUCGUGAGAUAAAUCCAGCUCCAUAUACUAUCAUCACGUUCCCUUUCCUGUUUGCUGUGAUGUUUGGGGACUUUGGCCAUGGCAUUUUGAUGACCCUUUUUGCUGUUUGGAUGGUGUUAAGGGAGAGCCGGAUCCUUUCCCAGAAGAAUGAGAAUGAGAUGUUCAGUACUGUGUUCAGCGGCAGGUACAUCAUUCUGUUGAUGGGUGUGUUCUCUAUCUACACUGGCCUCAUCUACAAUGAUUGCUUUUCCAAGUCUCUCAAUAUCUUCGGGUCAUCCUGGAGCGUACGGCCGAUGUUUACUAUAUUUAAUUGGACGGAGGAGACGCUUCGGGGGAACCCUGUUCUCCAGCUGAACCCAGCUGUCCCUGGAGUUUUUGGUGGACCAUAUCCUUUUGGCAUCGAUCCAAUUUGGAACAUAGCUUCCAAUAAGCUGACCUUUCUCAACUCCUUUAAGAUGAAGACCUCUGUUAUCCUUGGUGUCAUCCACAUGAUGUUUGGAGUCAGCCUGAGCCUUUUCAACCACACCUAUUUCAAGAAGCCCCUGAAUAUCUACUGUGGAUUUAUUCCUGAAAUAAUCUUCAUUACCUCUUUGUUUGGCUACUUGGUUAUCCUUAUUUUUUACAAGUGGACAGCCUAUGAUGCAAAGACAUCUGAGAAAGCGCCAAGCCUUCUGAUCCAUUUCAUAAACAUGUUCCUCUUUUCCUAUGCAGACUCUGGUAACUCGAUGCUGUAUUCUGGACAGAAAGGAAUUCAGUGUUUCCUGGUGGUGGUUGCGCUGUUGUGUGUACCUUGGAUGCUACUAUUUAAACCACUGGUCCUUCGCCACCAAUAUUUGAGGAGGAAGCAUUUGGGAACUCUCAACUUUGGUGGGAUCAGGGUGGGCAACGGACCGACAGAGGAGGAUGCUGAGAUUAUUCAGCAUGACCAGCUCUCCACCCAUUCAGAGGAUGCAGAAGAGCCUACCGAGGACGAAGUGUUUGAUUUUGGGGACACCAUGGUCCACCAGGCCAUCCACACCAUCGAGUACUGCCUGGGCUGCAUCUCCAACACUGCCUCCUACCUGCGGCUCUGGGCCCUCAGCCUCGCUCAUGCACAGCUGUCUGAGGUGCUUUGGACCAUGGUGAUCCACAUCGGCCUACGGGUGAAGAGCUUGGCAGGAGGUCUGGUGCUGUUCUUCAUCUUCGCCGCCUUUGCCACCCUGACCGUGGCCAUCCUCCUGAUCAUGGAGGGCCUCUCAGCCUUUCUCCAUGCGCUGCGGUUACACUGACUCCAGAAGCUCGAGGUGUCUGCUUUCACUUCAUUGCACCCAAGGACGUAUCUUAGCAGUGAGCAUCAGCAAACGUCCAUCGGAGAGCAGAGCCUCCGGAGAGAUUCUCCAGUGGGUGUUGUCAGAUGCCCUCUCCCUGCCUUUAGCAUUCAGUGCUCCUGAUCAUGGCUUACCAGAUCCACUGAAGUUUAAUUUUGUUGGGAUUUUUUGCUCUGAUAUAUAACUUUCUACUAUCUUCAGAGCAGUGGAAGCAGCUCUGGAAAAGUUUCUAAGUCCAGGAAAGUGCUAGAGGACACUGUGCCCCAGUUUUGUCCCCCCAUUCUGUCACUGUGCCCGUGUCUUUGGGUAGGGCCCCCAGCAUCUUCAUGUGGGUAUGGGGAUUCCUGGUUCCAGAGUGUGCAGCUCAGUACACUGACGCAAGUUUGAGGAAGGGCAGGUUGGGGGCUUGUUUCAUUUAAUGUAGUUUGUGUCUUAAUGGCUUUGCCUGGAGAGAGCAAGCUCAGUCCCUGGGAAUGGGACAGUUGGGGUCUGGUCUUAACUGAUUCUGUGACCUCCAAGUAGGGCUGCCAGAUUUAGCAAAUAAAAUUACAGGACACCCAGUUUAAAUUUGAUUUUCAGAUAAAAAAAUGAAUACAUUUUUUAGCAUAACUAUUUCCCAAAUGUGCAUAAGAUAUACUAAAAACUGGGCAUCCUUUACUUUAUCUGGCUGUCCUACCUCAAACCCUACCUCUUCGAGUCUCCAUUUCCUCCUUUAUGUGUGUUUCUUCCUCUCUUUUUUGGGUCUCAAACCCCAGUGGCUCUGGAAACUUGGGACCCUCUCUCCAGAGAAACACACACACACCCAAUGUGUGUACACAGUUUUACAAGGGAUGGUCGAGAUGAUCCGUGGGGGUAAUUAUCUCAAGGUGAAAAAGGGCUCGGAAUAUCUCUUCCCGUCAGUUCUCCAAACCUGAAAAAAUCCAAAAUCUAACUAAGAGAACUCUUCCUUACUCCCUUUCUCUGACUUUUCUCCUGGCUUGGUUACAGCUGAAACUCCUCAAAGAUUCCACUGUUUGUUGUUCUAAAUUACGGAGGGAAAGGGUGGGCGUGUGAGGGUGGGAUGCGGCUGGAACUUACUCUUCCCUCGGAGGCUCCUGUAGAGGAAUCCGUCCUGCUGUGUCAGGGUCACAGGUUGCUUUCUCUGGCUUGGCUCUCCUCCUGCCUCCCUGCUCCCGCCCAGCUGUUGUUUACUGUGGGGCCCGGAGGUCAUGGUGUGGCUGGGACUGCCGGUGCUCUACCCGGUUGUGGGCUUAUCAGCAUGCUCUCUCCCAGCACUUCCUCAGCCCCCCGGCCUGAGGGGAUGUCUGUGGAACCAGCCUUUGGCGGCUCAAGUUCUCUUGUCCCCUUGGCUUCUUCCCCUUCCUAGUCACUUCUCUGCUGAGCCCUGGGCUGAGGGAACAGUUACCGCCGCACCUGAUUCCAGCCCAAGCCGGGGGAGCCUGUUGCCUCCUCCCUGGGGUGAGGUGGAGAGCAGUCGAGGGCUGGGCCAGAACUGUCCCACAGAGCGGUGAGCAGGCACACCAAGGUGCGCAGAAGGUCACCUGGGGUGGGCCUAAUCUCCAGGGAGCUGAGGCAGUUUGGGAGGUCACAUUUAGUUGCCAGAAGGAUUACCUCUUCCUCAGGCUCACCCGUGGCCUUUGAGUGAUGGUGUCAUCCCACAUCCUCAUGAAUGAGCCCAAGGAAGUGACAAGUGACAGGAAAACACUCUUCAGAAUUAGGCUGACCUGGAUUUGAUUGCCAUGCCAACACUAACUGCAUGACCCUGAGGAAGCAUUUACCUCUCUGAACCUUACUUUCUUUCAUAUGAAAAGAGGAUAAUAUCCACAUGACAAGGUUGCAGGGAUCAAGUAAGAAAUUAUGCACAUACCAGGUGACUGUCACAAUGCUCUGGCACAUGAUAAACCAGUGUUCAAGGACAGAUGGCGGCUGCCCUGCUUAAGAGUGGGCUACCCUGUGGAGAAGGCGUCUGGCUGUGGUUCUUUGCAACAAAACUACCUUUAGUCUGUUGAGGGAGAGGGGAUGCCUCAAGGGGAGGCACAGGAUACCAUCUCAGAUGUGGUUUGCAAGGAGCUGUCUCUUCAGACAUACUGUCCUUGUGUUUUUCCUUUUUUUUGGUAGUGGAAGUACUGGGUAGAAGAGAAGAGUGAUAGCUUGAGGCUUGGAGCAUCUGUCCUGCCACUGAAAAGGAGUGAAUGAAGCUGGUGCUCAUGCACCCCCUUCUGGCUGAAUGUGGGUGUGCCUCCAGGAUCCUGGGUUUCUUGGUCCCCAGGAGUCCUGAGUUGUGGCUAUCUGGGGAGUAGCGGGGCGCAGCUGGUCCUGCUGAAAAUGGCUGCUGCAAGGACAUAGCUGCUGUUUUUCCUGGCAGCCACCCUGGCGUCUUCGUACCUGUCACUUUACUCCCACUAUUCAGCUGGGGUCUCCCGAUUCUGAUGCAAGGGCUGCCCCUUUACACAAGUUCUGGGUCUCUCUGGUGUGGGCAAGAAGAAAAACAUCUGACUUGAUAACAAAUAUAAACCACUUGUCAGAAAUCAUAAAGGGUCAUAAGGAAGUGGGUGACAUACUUGAAAACAAUAGUGAACAAGGUAUUGUACCAACCUGCUAAUUCUGUCUCCUUCUGAGUUAACAUCUUUCUCUCUUUUCCUCCCACUGACCAUGUAAAGUAUGCUUGGCCUACCCUAAUUAGAUGAAUUUUCUUCUUCAGAAAGCAGAGGCAGGGAUAUGAUUUAUAGUUACAACUGUGGACACCAAACUGAUUUUAGCACACGGAUUGUUACCCCAUGACCUACAGGAACAUAACCCCAAUCUAGCAGCUCCACAUACAGGCACACCUCAGAGAUACUGCAGGUGCUGUUCCAAACCACUGCAAUAAAGAAAAUAUCACAGUAAAGCAGGUCGAAGGAAUGUUUUGGUUUCCCAGUGUAUUUCAAAGUUACGUUUGUACUAUCCUGUAGUCUGUUAAAUGUGCAAUAGCAUGAUGUCUACACAAAAAAUGUCCAUACCUUAAUUUAAAAAUACCUGGUGAGGGGAUGGGGAGACAGACAAAAUAGUUAAAGGGGAUAGAGGUACAAACUAAGUGAAAAGAAAUAAUACUUUGUUGCUAAGAAAAGCAAACCAUUAUCUGAGCUUUCAGUGCGUCAUAAUCACUGAUCACAGAUCACCACAGCAAAUAUAAUAAUAAUGAAAAAGUUUGAAAUAUUAUGAGAAUUACCAAAAUGAGAGAGACAUGAAGUAAGCAAACGCUGUUGGAAAAAUGGCGCCAAUAGACUUGCUCUGUGCAGGCUUGCCACCCACCUUCAGUUGUAGAAAAUGCGGUAACUACAAAGUGUAGUAAAACGAGGUGUGCCUGUAUGUGUACAUGUGUACACUUGCACACCCACAGAUUGGUUGAUGGCUAAAGGGCCAAAACAAGGACCAGUUUAUUGUAAGGGAUGCAGUGCACUACAGCAGCAUGCCACGGGGUAGUCAGGGAAUGGCUUCCCAGGAGAAGUUUAAGGAUGCCUGACAUGUCCCUGGCUGCCAUCACCUCUCUGACAUUUGGGCCAUCAGACAGAUGUGUGUUUUAGGCCCAGAAAAGAGAGUGGUAGAAAGGGCCGGAGAAGCUGCUUAGCCCAGCAUCAUCUUUCUAAAACUGCCUCUCUCAGUCAUCCCCAUGCCAGGAAAGGGAAGAGGCCCCAGAACUCUGUUCCCCUUCACUCACU